AUGGCUGAAAUUCGGGAUUCGGUUGAGCUGAAACCAUCGGACACACUCAAAGAGCUCUUCACAUAUGAUAAAACGUUAGCCAAUCUAAACUCCUUCGUCGACGCUCAUCCACAACGAGUCCAAGAGGCGGAAGCGAUGAGAAAAAUUGUCGAUCUUGUGCCGGAUUUCAACAAUUAUCAGAGAUUAUUAGCGAAUACUUGUCAGCCACCACUUUUGGCGCAUAUGGACAUGUGGUCAGGGAAUAUUUUGUGGAGAAAAACGACCGACCGGGAAUAUCAACCGAUUGCGAUUAUCGAUUGGCAAGUUUGCGAGGUGGGCACUCCGAUCAAUGAUCUCGUCCGGUGGAUCCCGAGCGCCGUUUCCGUGGAGGAAUUGCUGACAAAUCGCAACAAAUACCUCCGUGACUAUUACUCAGUUCUUCUCGAGAAAGCCGAUGGUUGCAAAUUGCCAUGGGAAACUUUU